AUACGCGCUUGCUUGCUUGAGAUACAGAAUGGUAACGAGGGGGGGUAAAAAAAAAAAAGAAAAAACAAGGCGCUUCUUUCUCGCAUUGCGCGUCAUUCAAACAGGACUCAGUGUACUGCUUUUUCCUCUCUGUUGCAUUAGUAAUAACAGCAGCGUUGACGAGAGACAGCAGGAGGAGAGGAGAGUGUGUGUCUCCAGACAGCGGUGCCCAGCAGAGGAAUACUGAGCUUUUUCCUUUUUUUUCUUUUUCUUUUUUUUUUCUCCUGGAGCUGGUUAUUUACACCACCGCUUCUUGUCUUGUUGUUUGCUUUCUUCCCCCCCUCUCUUCUCCCCCCCUCCUCGUUUAUGUUGAACUCGGACAGUCACGUGCAAACAUCGCCGCGAGUCUUACAGAGAAGGGGGACGACGACUUCUCACCUGGUGCGUUGACUUUUACCAACAGGGAAAAAUUUUCAGCCUUUUUUGUGUGUGUGUGCGUGUGAGCCGACAUCGCCGGACUCCCCAACCCACCUUGCGAAGGACGUCAACGAAAAGCAAGUUUUCUCCCUUAGGAUGAAAUAUGCACACUCUGCAUCUGUAGAAAGAAGACAACACAAAGUGUGAGGUUAACAAGUGGUUUUAAAUCAUGAUGAUGCAGGAGUCGGCCACAGAGACAAUAAGCAACAGUUCAAUGAGUCAAAAUGGAAUGAGCACCCUAAGCAGCAGCCAAUUAGAGGCUGGCAGUAGAGAUGGGAGAUCAAGCGCUGGUGACACAAGCAGCGAAGUAAGCACAGUCGAGCUGCUGCAUCUGCAACAACAGCAGGCACUACAAGCGGCGAGGCAAUUACUCUUGCAGCAGCCAGGCAGUGGCCUGAAAUCUCCAAAGAGCCAGGACAAGCAGCGUCCACUGCAGGUUCCAGUGUCAGUGGCCAUGAUGAGUCCCCAAGUGAUCACACCACAGCAGAUGCAGCAGAUCCUCCAGCAGCAGGUUCUUUCCCCACAGCAGCUCCAGGCUCUGCUCCAGCAGCAGCAAGCGGUGAUGCUGCAGCAGCAACACCUGCAGGAGUUUUAUAAGAAACAACAGGAGCAGCUUCAUCUGCAGCUUCUCCAACAACAGCAUCCCGGCAAGCAGGCUAAAGAGCAACAACAGCAGCAGCAGCAGCAGCAGCAGCUGGCCGCCCAGCAGCUCGUCUUCCAGCAGCAGCUCCUGCAGAUGCAGCAGCUCCAGCAGCAGCAGCACCUGCUCAACAUGCAGCGGCAGGGCCUGCUCUCCCUGCCCGGGCCCGCUCCGGGCCAGGCCGCCCUGCCCGGACAGAACCUGCCCCCGCCAGGUGGCUUGAGCCCCGCGGAGCUCCAGCAGCUGUGGAAGGACGUGACCGGAGGCGGCGGCGGCGGCGGCCACGCCAUGGAGGACAACGGCAUCAAACACAACAGCAGCGGCGGCAUCGGCGGCACCGGGGCCGGCGUCGUCAGCAGCGGUUUAGACCUCUCCACCAACAACUCCACUUCAACUACCUCCUCCUCCAACCCUGCCAAAGCGUCGCCGCCAAUCUCGCACCACUCCAUCACCAACGGACAGUCGCCCAUCCUCAACCACAGACGAGAGCGGGAAAGAGAGCGCGAGAGCUCACUUCAUGAAGAAAGCGGACGAACCCAUCCCCUAUACGGCCACGGCGUGUGCAAGUGGCCCGGCUGUGAGAACGUGUGUGAAGACUUUGGACAGUUUUUGAAGCACCUAAACAGUGAACACGCUCUGGAUGACAGAAGCACAGCCCAGUGUAGAGUCCAAAUGCAAGUCGUACAGCAGCUGGAAAUACAACUUUCUAAAGAACGGGAGCGUCUUCAGGCGAUGAUGACCCACUUGCACAUGCGGCCCUCAGAGCCCAAGUCAUCUCCCAAACCACUCAACUUGGUGUCGAGUGUCACCAUGUCGAAGAACCUGCCCUCAGCGUCGCCCCCGAACUUACCUCAGACCCCCACCACGCCCACAGCCCCCAUCACGCCCAUGGCGGCCAUGCCCCAGGUGCCGUCGGUACUGGGAGGAGCCAACGUCCCCAGCAUGGGAGCCAUGCGCAGACGCCACUCGGACAAAUACUCCAUGCCUUUGUCUUCGGGUGGUGACACAGUAUUUAUUUUUCCAGAGAUUGCCCCAAACUACGAGUUUUAUAAGAACGCAGAUGUCAGGCCGCCAUUUACUUACGCAACCCUCAUAAGACAGGCUAUCAUGGACUCCGCCGACAUGCAGCUAACGCUUAACGAAAUUUACAGCUGGUUCACGCGCACGUUCGCGUACUUUCGACGCAACGCCGCAACUUGGAAGAACGCUGUUCGCCACAACCUCAGCCUGCACAAGUGCUUUGUGCGCGUGGAAAACGUGAAGGGGGCGGUGUGGACGGUGGACGAGGUGGAGUACCAGAAACGCAGGUCGCAGAAGAUCACAGGAAGUCCAUCUCUGGUGAAGAACCUGCCCUCCAGUCUUGGCUAUGGAACAGCAUUGAAUGCCAGCUUACAGGCUGCCCUGGCGGAAACCUCCCUGCCCUUGCUGGGGACCCCCGGGCUCAUGAGCAGCGCCACAGGCCCGAUGGGGGGCAGCUGCCACGGCCUGCUUGGUGGCGACCCAUCCGGACCGACUGGCGGCAGCCCGCCCGGGCUGUUGGGCGGGAGUCCACCCGGUUUGCUGGGGAUCAGUCCGCCCGGAACGCUGAGCGGCAGCCCCCCGACUAUGUUACAGUCUGCCCACGAGGAGCUCAACGGCUCGCUCGACCACCUGGACACCAACGGACACAGCAGCCCUGGAUAUUCCCCUCCAGUACACAUGCCACCUGUUCACGUGAAAGAGGAGCCGCUCAACAUGGAUGACGACGACUGUCCGAUGUCCCUCGUGACAACAGCCAAUCACAGUCCGGAACUCGAUGAUGACCGGGAGCUGGAGGAAGGGAACCUAUCGGAAGAUCUGGAGUGACUAGGAUACGGUUUUUGGUCUAUGUAUCCCUCCACUCUACUGCACUGUUUCUCUUACACAGACCUGCAAAGCUAGAAACCACUCCACAGUCCAAACAACCACAACUGACUCUCUUUCUCACCACUGGGACUAUUUAUUAAGCAUGUAUUCGGAUAGAGACCAAUCCAAAGGAACUCUUUGUUGCAGACCUUUCGGAUCCCCAAACAUGACAGACAUGAGAUGUCUGUUGUAAAAAGAAGAAAGGAAAAAAAAAAACUCACUGAGACCUGUUAUAGUUGGUGGUGGCGUGGCCACAUACAAUAAAAGAAUAAUGGACUCAUGGAAUGGGGGGGGGGGGCACAUGAAACAAAUAAGCAAAUCAUGUUCUUUUGAAAGCUAGCGGCCUCCUAUACUGCCAAAAAGGAAAGACGUUUUAUGUUUGUGAAUAACCCAACCCACUAGUUGUUAAUGUCUAGAGACAAUUGCUGGUUCAAUUCAAGUUGUUGCUCUGUUAUCAUUUGCACAGGAGUAGUCUCAGAAAAUUGUGUCACUGCCUGUAUGUUGCUACUAUUAUUAAAAUCUGCAUAUAAUUUUUUAUAAUUUUUUUUUUCUUUCUUUUUUUUUACCAUUGUUAAUUUGCAAAUCUGAUUUUUAGACAUCACCAACUGUAAAUGCCAUUCCUCUAACCACAACUGCAGUACCAAGACUGUUCGGAGAAAAGAAAAACAAGGAAAAUAAGUCGGCUUCCACUCUGUUAUGUGUUUGUAAUUAAAAGUCUAAAAUGAAGUUGGGGGAAAUAAUGACAGUUUGUGUAAAAGCAUCAUUUACAAGACAAAUGCAUUUCUUCGUAACUUUCUUCUUGCUCUUCUUACCUCGGCGUUCUAAAGCUUUGUCUACCUGCGAACAGUGACAGGCAACAGCUAGAAACCAAAGCCAACACUAGCAAUGGCCAAUAGCUUACAGGCAUAAGCCACCAAACUCCUUUUUGGUCUCACCUGCUGUGACUUUAAACUAGUUCCAACAGAAGCUUUUUUUUUUUUUUUUUUGUCCACAAACUACCUUGGAAAAACCUCUGGGAUCGUUUCAUUUAGCCCUGUACGACGAUGAUCAGAACAGAAACGAGUGCUGAUUCUUCAUGUGUAAUUUGAGAACUUAGAAAAAUGUCCGCUCUGGUUAUAUUCUGUUGGUGAAAUAACCAUAACAGUGGACCAUGACCAAAAUAAAACGUGUAUUCAAUAGUAGUGCAAAAAACAUCUUGAUGUUGUGAAGAUUAUGUUUUUUUUAUAUAUAUAUUUCUGUUAUGCAUAACCCAUUCUAACCUGUUAAAUAUGGUUUUGUCGUAGGUGGGACCAUCCAAAUACUUUUACGUCUUUACUUCUGUGGCGUCAAAAAAACUGAAAACUCUACUAACCAAACAUGAAAACUAUCUAGUGAAGCCAAAUAAGUCAUAAUUUCAAGUUAAUAUGAAAUAAUGUGGCUUGGUUAACAUGGAAAAGCAAACAGUGAUAGCCAUUGUAAAAGGGGGAUAUCUAAGGUAACCUUAUCUAGGUGAGAUUUGCUUUAACUUCAUCCACUACUCAUUAUGUGAGUUACGUUUUUUUUUUAAACUAUACAGGCUUAUACACACCAGUGUAUUCCUUAUAGGUGGUCAGCUUUUUAUGACACAGUUUGUAUUUACAGAAGAAGUACAUCCCGUUGUUUUCCUCCUCUCAAGCCUGCGAAUAGGUGCUGAUCAUUUCGCCCCCUUCACCAUUUCGUACCUUUUUGUACCCGACUUUUUCCAAAUACCAAAUGAUGCCCUCUACUGGUAGACAUUUCGUAUCGACCACUCACCAAUGUGUACCUGCUUUGGCAGCCAAUUAAAGUGAUAUUCGUUAAAUUACCUGUAGUCUACUGUAAGGAAGUGACGUUAUGUGAGUCCAGUAAAUAUUAUCUAUGAGCAGGAGUUAAUUUUUUUUUUGUUAGAGUCAACAGCCAAAAGGCUGACGGAACCAUAAACAAUCGGAGAAGUAUGUAAUAAAAAGAUUUCACAUAAUAUACAAUUUGAAUCCUAUUACACAUCAGACCAGAGCGUUUUCAUGACCAUUUUAAGUUGAAACUACAGAACCUUAACCAAAAAUAAACUCAUACAGCGUGGUGUUGGUGCUUGGUAAUGAAAUGGUUUGUUUACAGUUACAAAAAGCGAAGAAGGAGGGGUCAGAACGACAAUGUCUUGGCGCCAAGUGGGGGUACGAAUUGGCAAUGGGGAGAAUUGAUCCCGAAGUGUUGUUGCUUUAACGGUCGUUUUUGUUUUCAGUAAACCAAAGCUACACAAACCUCUGCCUCCUACAGGAUAAGCGUCAAAACUCGCGCUCACGCCACGUUUGAGUCUGGUAUACACACAUACAGAGACCAGGUGGUCAGCUUUACCGUUUUAAUGGCAUUUUAAAGGAGCCACGCCUUCGCCGCGUUCCGACCAAAACCUGAACCGCACUGUGCAUCUGUUGCUUUCAAGUUUAAAACACACUGAUACUGUACAAAAGCACUGCUUUGCAGGCAGAUCUUCACACAUCCGUGAGCCAGUGACGCGCCAAGAAGCUAGGAGAAAAAAAAAAAAAAACGACUUGGGUGGGGGGGAAGACGUAUCUUAAUAAUCUUAUCACACCAAAUAAAAAGGGCACUUCGUCUUUCAUUUAAAAUAAAAACAAAAAAAGGGGUUCUCCCACUUGCCCAAAAAAAAAAAGGCUUUCUAAAAGGUUCUACCUCUGCACAACAACUUCGGGUCUAACUCUGUCAAAUUGCAGGAGUUUUCGAUAGCUGUCCCGCUUUCCCGCGCUUGUCUCAUAAGACGUGGCUCCAAACCAACGUUUACAUUCCCUGCGUCAAGCUAUAUGGAAGAGUCGCAUUGUGAUAGGUUGUCUGCAAACAUUUGUAGAAUGAUAAUGUAUAGAUUACCUGUAAGGGGACUAUUGUGGGUUUUUUUUUUUUAAAUGCAUGUCUAAAAAUCAUUUGGUGGACUGGAAACAAAGAGAAAUAUAAUAAAACUCAUCGGGAUGAUGGCCUACAUGUUACAAUGCAUAGGAGUGCAUUACCUCAGAGGGAUAAAACCUGUCAGCCACAGAAUGCAUAUUACCUGUAGAUUUGCAUGGGUUUUGUACAAAUUAAGUUAAAAAAAAAAUGUCUAAAAUAGUUGCUUGCACAUAAUACCAGAAAGACCUCCAGAACUGCGAUCUGCUCCUCCACUAGAUUUAAGGAUUGUCUGGAUUUUCUGGGUUGAUUUUUGUCUGUAUUUUGAUAUCUGUGCAUACUUAUGUAAAAAGGAAAAAAAAAAAAUCAUGUCGGUGGACCCAUGAAAUUUACCAGACUUUUUUCUAAGAGGAAAAAAAAAAAAGAGUUCUGUGUUUCUUUUCUGACUUACCUGAAUUUUUACUGUUUCUCUCUCAUUGCUCGCUAAGAAUAGCAAACCUGCUUUUUCUGCAUCUGCUUUGCGUAGCUGUAAGGCUUUAACCUAAUGUGUGUAUUUAUUGCUUGUACCUCUGUGCAUACUUUAUGAAGCAUUAUGUCUGGCAGUUGAGUCAUGUAUCCUUUCUACUGCUAUCCUUCUCUAAUAAUUGAGAAUAUGAUCCCCCCUAUGUAUACAGUAAAUUGGGACUGUAGCAAACAUGUUUAUGUAAUUGGUGAUUUUUGUUUUUAUUCUCUUUUAUUUUAAUCGGGAUUCAACAACCUUUUUUUGAUACUUCUCAUUCCUGUGUACUGUGUCCAUAUGUUAAAGGUUCUCUGACAUUAGAAGGUCAUGGUUGAGAAUUGUAACAGACAUUAUUUUCUGUAUUCAUGGCAUUUCACUGCUGAAUAAAAUAAAGGACCAAAACUUGGAA